AUGCUCCUUAUCGUGUCCGUCAUGCUGGGAUACAUGUAUGUGCAGCUCAUCUCGUGGCCAUGGAAGCUCCCUGCCCUAAACGGCUUCGAUUCCGUUAUCAGCAUCGCUCUGAUCUUGAUGAUGGCUAUUUUGGGAGCCUUCGCCCCGGACUUGAGCACUGACGUACAGCAGAGGCUUACGAACGCGGUCAUCGGAAUCAUCUUCUUCCUCAACGUCAUGGUGUUUGCAAUGCUCUGUGUCACCGCCUCUGCGCUGAUUCGUCUGAACGUCAUGGGCGGCUCGCAGGAGAGCGUGAUACUGGCGCUUGGCAAGACUCCGCAACCACACAUGUUGAGCCAGAAGUUCCUCAUGCUCUCCACGAAGGUCCAGGAGUCGGGAGAAAAGAACUUUGCAAAGUUGCUCGAGAAUCUUUCCGUCUACGACCUGCGCAUGAUGGCACAGAUCAUCACAGCUGUGGGCACCGAGGUGGGUGAGGCGGGCUUAAUUAUGUCGAGGCGUUCGCAGAUGUUGUCUACCUCCUCGGUAUCGAAGGUGCAGAUGUUGGAAGAGAACGCGGCGAAGAAGGAGGCGGAACUGGAACAGGAGAAGCGGCCAGACGAAGAAGCAGAAGCUGGGUCGCAGCCAGGAUGGCAACCGCCCAAUCCCUUGAACCAACAGACAGAGUCCACAUGGUUGUAG